AUGGCAGCGAUUUACAGCCUCUACAUUAUCAACAAAUCAGGCGGCUUGAUCUUCUACAAGGACUAUGGAUCGGCGGGAAGGAUGGACACCAAUGACAGCUUGAGGGUUGCGAACUUGUGGCACUCAAUGCAUGCCAUUUCCCAGCAACUGUCUCCGGUUUCCGGUUGCUCCGGCAUCGAGCUUCUCCGAGCUGAUACCUUUGAUCUUCACUGCUUCCAGUCACUUACUGGGACAAAGUUCUUUGUUGAGAGUGAGCCUGGUAUACAGCAAAUGGAAGGUCUCUUGAAACAUAUCUAUGAGCUGUACACUGAUUAUGUAUUGAAGAACCCCUUCUAUGAGAUGGAGAUGCCUAUCCGAUGCGAGCUCUUUGAUAUAAGCCUAACACAGGCGACACAAAAGGAUCCCGUUGCCUUGUUGGCUCGAUGAUCUAUCUUGUUGCUUGAUCUGUGUACCUUUAGAUGUAUAUCUAUUACUGGUCAAGAAAAUGCAAGCUAACAAUAAUUUCGAAAACUUAGUA